ACAAAGUUAUAGUUCUCUCUCUCUCUCUCUCUCUCUCUCUCUCAAACUCACACACCCACACACUGUUACCAGUCCUGGAACUUUGAGCCUCAGGUGGACGGAUAAAGCUGUCAAGCUGACAGGGACACAACACUCAAGAAGCAAAAGGACGUUUAAAGGGAAGAGAAAAAGCAACACGGAUACCUGUGUGUUUUUGCUGAAAUUGUUGAGCAUGUAUGGUUAGGAUGGUGCUGCAAUCCGGUUCCAGCAGGGGAGCCUUGUUCGAAUUUGUGACCCCAGUGUGACCACUACACAUCAUGGGUGAGACUGGUAAAAUGGCGAAGCCAUGCAUGGGACUUGUGCUGGUUGAGUUCGGGUACGAGUACACAAACCAGGAUGGCUGCAUGGUAUCCAUCAAACCCAAUGAGAGGUACACACUCCUAGCAAAGACCAAUGACCAUUGGUGGCACGUACGCAAAGAUGAGUGCACCAAGCCGUUCUACAUCCCUGCCAAAUACGUCAAGGAGCUACCAUCCACUUUGCCUUCGCCUCUGGACUUUGUUGAGACCCCUCCACCUAAGCCAAUGCCUCCCAUUGUGUCUGAGCUCACAGAGAAGGCCAAGUCCAAUGAGGUAACCAUCAGGACACGCUCUCCAGGGAACCACCGCAAGACAGAGAACCGCAUGUCCACGUUUGGCGUCCCAUUGGAUAUCCACGAUCCUCCAUCAUAUAUGUAUGGAGGUUUAUCAGAUCCAGUUAUAUCCUUACAACCAGUGUCAGUUUCAGAACCAGUAAAAAACAAGAGAAUCAGUAUCGCUGCAAACUUGCUAUUAAGCUCCCAAGACUCCUCAAAGAAACCUCGUUCACCAAGCCUGAACCCUGCUGACCUGCUGCUUCGCCAGGCCAAACCUGUGGAUCCACCGGUACUCAAGAACCUGAUAGACUCCAGGCCUCUGCUACCUCCUGAGCCACUUAUCGAGCCAGAGGAGGAGUCCAGUCCAAUGCAGACGCCUUCCCCAGACUCGGAGAACAUUUAUGAAACAAUAGCAGAUUUGAACCUGGAUGAUUUGGUGAAGACGGAACCUGCUUCUCAGCAUGAUUCUGCUCAGAGUCCACCUCCAUCUGCACUGCAGGGAAAGCAGGAGCAUGAGAACCCCACUACAGCAGUGUAUGCUAAUGUAUCUGAACUGAAGAAGCUCUCAUUGCGCAUACCUCCCUCAUCCACCUCCACCUGCUCGUCUCCCGGCCUCCCUCUCACCCCCGCUCCGGACUCGCCUGAAUGGGAGGGGCAACCUGAAGACAACAGCAAAAUGUUCUACCCCUCCACGCACCCUCGGACCCCGACUCUGCCCGCAGGCAUGGAUGCUUCGGCCUUGCCCAUCCCAGCAGUGCCUGCUCCGUCUGUGCCUGCUCCAUCUGUGCCUGCUCCAUCUUUACUGCCUCCAACUCUCUUGCCGGGAUCAGACUGGAAACAACAUUUAGACGAGACCACAGGGAGACACUACUACUACAAUGACUCACUGAAAAAGUCAUCAUGGGACGCCCCUGAGCCACUCAGCCCUCAGCUGGAAGGACCGCCCCCUCUACCAGAAGAGGAUUACCCCAAAACUGAGCGUGACACCGAGGCCAUCCCUUUCAAACAACCCAUCCUGCCCCGACUCAAUGUGGAACCUGAACCUUCUGUACCGCCCGGCUGGAGCUGCUCCACAGAGCCUGGAGGAAAAACUGUCUUCACCAGUGAGCUCACACACCAGCAGUGGAUCAAGUCGAAAGAUGAGAAAGGGAAGACGUAUUACUAUUUAAAAGACGGCUCUGUGUCUCAGUGGCAUCUUCCAGAGGCAUCGGCUUUGGGGAACGGAGAGGAGCAGGAUGGACAUGCUGUUUCUAAAAACUGGAAACCCGUCCCACAAGACGACACGCAGAAGUUUUUGCCAUCUCACCGCAGGAUCGCUUCUGAUUACAGCACUGAUUCAUCAAGCACGGCGAAUUCAGCAGACGUACAUCAGGUGGAUAACUUGAAGCUGAAGAGGAAUCUGUCCAGUGCAGAUUCACACCCCCAUAACCUGCAUCACCACCAUGGUUCAUCGCUGGAGAAGGCUGGAAUCCUGAAUAAGACCAAAAUAGCAGAUAAUGGGAAGAAGCUGAGGAAGAACUGGGCUCAGUCCUGGACCGUACUUCAUGGAGGAAUUCUCACCUUCUACAAAGAUCCCAAAUCCACUCCGGCUGGGAAUGUGACUAAGACGAAUCAGAUCGUCCCGGAGUUCACAGUGGAGCUAAAAGGAGCUUCAGUCGGUUGGGCGUCAAAGGACAAGUCCAGCAAGAAGAACGUCCUGGAGCUAAAGACUCGUCAAAGUUCAGAGUACCUCAUACAAUACGACACCGACAGCAUCAUCCACGACUGGCACAAAAUCAUCCAGGACACCAUUAAACACCUGGAUCAUGAACAUGGGUCAGAGGAAGAGGAUGAUGAGGUCAUGGAGAAACCGAGCCAACCUGUAGAGAAAGAACGGAAGAAUGCCACGACGAGACAAAGCUCCUCGGGGGCCGCGGAUAAUGAGCAGAGCCGCGUUCGCACCAAACUGCGCAAGUUCCUCACGAGGAGACCCACACUGCAGUCGGUCAAGGAGAAGGGCUACAUCAAAGACAACGUCUUCGGCUGUCACCUGGACACCUUGUGUCACCGCGAGAACACCACCGUCCCCAGAUUUGUGGAGAAAUGCAUAAAGUCUGUAGAGAGGAGAGGACUAAACAUCGAUGGCAUCUACAGAGUGAGCGGGAACCUGGCGGUCAUCCAGAAGCUCCGGCACAAAGCUGAUCACGAGGAGGACCUGGAUCUGGAUGAUGGUCAAUGGGAGGAGAUUCACGUUAUCACCGGAGCGCUGAAGCUCUUCUUCAGGGAGCUGCCCGAGCCGCUCUUCCCUUACAGCUUCUUUGACAAGUUCAUCGCUGCCAUUCAAGUGCACGAUGCGAGUCAGAGGGUGUCGUACAUGCGGGACCUGGUGCGAACUUUGCCUUUACCCAACCACAACACCAUGGAAGUGCUUUUCAAACACCUACGCAAGGUUGUCGAACACAGCGAUGAAAACCGGAUGUCUUUCCAGAGCAUGGCCAUAGUCUUCGGUCCCACUCUGCUCCGGCCUGAGGAAGAAUCAGGAAACAUGGCCGUCCACAUGGUCUUCCAGAACCAGAUUGUGGAGCUCAUCCUUAACAAGUUCAGUGAAGUUUUCUCUCCAAGAUGAGAGGUUCAGCCUGAGUGUGGUACCUGAAGCUGCGCUUGAGCAGUCCUGGACUAAGCUUUCAGUGGAUUCUGUGGAUCUAAAGUGCUUUGUGGCAAAGAACAGCGAACGUGCACACUCAGGCUCAUUAACCAAAUGAACAAACAAGGACAGAUUGAACAGCAAUCACAUGGUUGGAGAAGCCCCGAAUUAGCAUGGGUUAUAAAAACAUGGACUUCAGGAGGUUAUUUAUAGGAUGGGUUGUCUUGGAUGGGGACGCUAAAAUCUCGCCAAAACUUUAAUCUCGCCAAAAGAAAAAAAAAAAAGAAAAAAUCAAUGACUGUUGAAGACCGAUCAUCUCAACACGUUUAACCUCCGGUCUGGAUCCCCACCCCAGUAAGCGCUUGUAUAGAAAUUGCCAAUGGUGUAUUUUAUUUUGGUAUCUUAAAUAAAUAAAAAAAAACAGUUUUUGUAAUUGCACAAGCCUAGCAUAAAUACAGGGCUUGUGCGAUCAAAAAACUGGAUUUAUUUUAGGUAAUUCUUUAUAACAACGCACAUGUCAGUAAAAUGUCUUCUUUUAAUUGACAAUUCUAUUCUUAACCUAGACUUCAUUUUCGCUGCCAUGCGAAAUCACAAAUGUAUUGAACAUAUUUGGAAAAAAAUGCAUAUUUAAUUAUGGUCUUUUUGUAUCACUAUACACAUUAUUACAUUAUAUUCAGUAAGUGACAAAUUGACACUUCUUCCUAUAGGCAUGUCUACUGUAUUUGUGUCAAAACUGAUGCUGGCUAGAAUAUAAAGAGACUUUACAGUAACACAUCAAUAUUUACAGUAUGUUACACUGCCAUACACUGCCUAAUCAAAAAAAAAAAAAAAAAAGUCA